AUGAGUAGUAAGUCACGUGCGUGGGAUUACUUCAAAAAGACUAAUGAAAAGUUUGCCAAGUGUUCUUUGUGUAAAAGAGAGUUUAAACUAAGUGGAAAUACUACGAACUUGAUCGAUCAUAUGAAGAGAAAACAUAAUGAGGUAUGGAUGUGGUCAUCCACUGUUUCUGUUACUCAAGACGUAGAUACCACUGAGCAAAAUGAGAAAAUGGGCCCAAGCCCUAAAAAGAGAAAUACGCUAAAAAAUUAUUUUGAUAGAAGUAGUAAAUAUCCAGAUGGGAAAACAAAGCAAAAUUUGGAUAACAAAUACGUGCGCAUGAUUGCUGUUGACAUGGAACCUUUGCGAAAAGGAGAACAUGAAGGAUUUCGGGAUUUUGUAAAUGCUCUCGAUAGUAGAUAUGAAAUUCCUGAUACAACAAUAUUGAAAAAGAAAUUACUGCCGGAAUAUUAUGAAAACGUGAAACAGAAGCUCGUCAUAGCAUUAUCGAAAGCAGAACAUGUUAGUGUGACUACUGACUUAUGGACAUCAAUUGCAAAUGAAGGCAUCCUUUCAGUUACUUGUCAUUUCUUUCACAACGAAAAAUUAAUUGCACCAUUAUUGGAAGUUGUGAAGAUGGAAGGAAGUCAUAACGCAGAAAAUAUAGCCAGUAUGUUGGAUGCUACUCUCUCAAAAUGGGAUAUCAGGUCAAAAUGUGAAGCAAUAACGACUGAUAACGCUCAAACAAUGAUUAACGCCGCAGCCAAACUGCAUAUACGACAUAUACCCUGCUUUGCGCACACACUAAACCUGACGGUAAGUGAUUCGUUUGCUGUGACCUGCUUAGACCAGAUUCUGAAAAAAUGUAAAUCGAUUGUGACUUUUUUCAAGAUGAGUACUCUAGCUAGCGAUAAAUUACGGGCUAUUCAACGUGAAUUAAAUAAACCAGAACUGAAAGUGAUCCAGGAAGUACCCACCCGCUGGAACAGUGCAUACCACAUGCUGCAAAGAAUUGUUACAAUGAAGACAGAAUUAACUCUCGCACUUAAUGAAUGUAAUCGGGCUCCACCAGGAGUCAAUGCUGACGAAUACCUAAUUAUUCAAGAAACAAUUCAAAUUCUGGAACCUUUCGAUCUAGCUACAACAAAAAUUUCCGGAGAAAGCUAUAUAACAUUGUCACUGAUAAUACCAUUGAUUCGUGGAAUAAAAACGAAAUUAGUAGAAGUUGAAUCUCAAAUUGUUACUGAAAGCGGAAACAAAAUAUUACUCUGCAUGAAGGGAUCAGUUGACAAAAGACUAAGUCCCUAUGAAAGCAGGACACCUGUUGUACUUUACUUACAAUAUUGGACCCCAGAUUUAAGAAGAAGGGGUUCAAAACAAGUGACGACGAGAAGCGAGCUGGUCAGUGGCUGGAAAAGGCCUAUGCUAGCCAUUUAA